AUGCAAGACUUCAUACCUACAGAAUAUAAAGUCUCUCAGAUAAAAUAUUAUGCUGCUAUUUCAAAUAUAAAUCGUGUACCUAAAUUUGCAGGCAUUUCCGAAGAAUUCGAAUUCACUAACAGUGUCGAUCGAUACUAUCAAAUUGAAAUUUCUUUGUGUAUACAACAAGCUACUCGUGCAGCCAGUAAGUAUAAAACUCUCCACUACCCACCUUAUUUUCGAACUUAUCGUCGCCUUUCAAUAAACAUAAGAAUCGAUGACGAGGUUGAAAAGAGGGCAAUGAGGUUAGGGUUAGGAGCAAGACCAGGCUACCACAAUGUAGUUGUUGAUCGAAAAGCGCAGUAG